GGAAAGGAGAGCGAGUUGAUGAUAAAAGGGGGCUUCUUCUUCUCUCUUACCCUUCACUUCUUAAUCGGUUCUCUUCUUCUUCUUCGUCGCUGUAGCUACUUGUAAUAAAGGUUGCAGCUUGGUGGGUAGUAGUUGUUUUUUCCCCCAUGUAUACCGUCUUUGUUUGACUACUGUUUCCCCUGUCUCUCUCUGCCUCCAUCACUGUGACACAAUAGCAAACCCGCCUGCCUUUUCAGUUUGCCUCUCUCUGUCCCUUGCCCGAAAGGUGUUCCUUCUUUUUUUACCUUUUUCUCCUAUGGCGCUGGAAGCUGCGAUCUACUCGCAAGACCCGUUUGGUUACCCACCAUUAUUCAAGGACCAGUACUAUGGCUAUGGCAUCCAGCAAGAAGAAGAAGAAGAAGAGGACAAAAUAAUGUUCAACGAUUCCAUCGCCACAUUUUUCAACCCCCCGCCGCCGCAGGCGGAAGAUGUGGUACUGGGUUCCGCAUCCGUUGCUCCCGCACGGCGGAAGCGGCGGCGGACCAAUAACACGAAGAAGAACAAGGAGGAGGUAGAGAGCCAGAGGAUGACUCACAUCGCCGUGGAGCGCAACCGCAGGAAACAGAUGAACGAAUACCUCGCCUUGCUUCGCUCUCUCAUGCCCUCUUCCUACGUUCAAAGGGGAGACCAAGCUUCGAUAAUUGGAGGAGCGAUUAAUUUCGUCAAGGAGCUGGAGCAGCUGCUGCAGGCGAUGCAAGCUCAGAAAGAGGCUAAACACCAACAACAUGCUCAAAACGACGACGGUCAGGCAGGGUUGACUGAUAACGGCCGUUUGUCGCCGUCGCCGUUGUUUGCCGAGUUUUUCGCUUUCCCGCAGUACUCAACUCGGGACCCGACCUUGCAGGCUCAGUCGCCCGCCGGCGACGGGAUGGCCGACAAGUUGGGUGGUGUAGCGAGGGAGGCGGCGGCGGCGGUUGGAGAGAUAGAAGUGGCGAUGGCGGAGAGUCACGCCACCGUGAAGAUUCUGGCCAGGAAACAGCAGAGGCAGCUGGUGAGGCUGGUUGCUGGGAUGCAGGGACUCGGGUUCACGAUUCUGCACCUCAACGUUACCACCAGUACCGGCUCAGAUCAAACGGUUCUCUACUCGCUUAGCUUCAAGGUGGAGGAAGUGUGCCGUCUGAACACGGUGGAUGAGAUCGCAGCUGCCGUCAAUCAAAUGUUACGGCGGAUUGAGGAAGGAAGCUAG